UUUAUCUUUAUUUUAAUUUUGCAUUCAAUUUAUGUCAUUAUUACUUUUUUAUCAACUCACAGACUUGCAGUUCCUCCACAAACCCGCAUGUGCGAAACCGUGAUCUGGACGAUUGGGUUUGUUUUGGAGAAUCAAUAAUCUGUAGAACAUUACACCUUCAAACUCAGCAGCUGUCCGUCUCAGAUCUGAUCUGAGAGCAGCUCACAGCAGCACACUGAAACAUGACGAGCCGCUGCUUCUGCUGGACUUCGUCCUGAAACGUAAACACACAGAGUGUGUGUGAGUGUGUGUGUUUAUGAGUGAGUGAGAUCUGUGAGCGCUGCACUUUCACUGCCAUGCGUCUGCUGUCAGCAGCUCGGCGCUGAAGAUCCGAUCCGAUCGACCAAUCAGAGCAGCAGCAGGGGUCUGAUUGUGUGAGAUGAAGGAAGAGACCAAACCGGAGGAAAUGAUGCACAAAGACAGCAGUGACGUCAAAACCCCACCUAAACAGCGUCUGACCGUCUGUCUGAUCAGUGCCGCGUUCUUCGGAUCCGUAGGAUCGUCCUUCCUGUACGGAUAUAACCUCUCUGUGGUCAACGCUCCGGCCAGCUACAUAAAGACAUUCUUCAAUAAGACGUGGAUCGAUCGCUAUAAUGAGCCCAUUGGAGACGGAACGGUCACUCUGCUCUGGUCCAUCACAGUGUCCAUCUUUGCCAUCGGUGGUCUGGUGGGGGCGCUGACGGUCUCCUUCCUCAUCAAAGCCUUGGGCAGCAUUUGUGCUUCAGACAUGAAUGAUUCCUCAGAUCAUGGAGAGUUUGCUGCUACUCCAGUGAUUAGACACUGUUUUCACCUGCUGGACAAAGAAAACAGGAAAGGAACUCUUCUGGCCAAUAACGCUCUGGCUCUGAUUGCUGCGCUCCUAUUGGCUCUGGGAGAGACGGCCGGAUCCUUCGAGAUGCUCAUCAUUGGUCGGUUUAUCAUCGGCAUGGAUUCAGGUGUGGCUCUGAGCGUGCUGCCCAUGUAUCUGGGGGAGAUUUCUCCUCGGCAGGUGCGCGGCUCCAUCGGUCAGUUUCACGCCAUCUUCAUCUGUCUGGGUGUUUUCAUCGGGCAGGUGCUCGGACUGCCUGAGAUCUUUGGACAGGAAAGCAGAUGGAACUUCCUGUUCGGUUUCUUGGCACUUCCUGCCCUGCUGCAGCUAUGUGUCCUGCCGUUUCUGCCCGAGAGUCCGAGAUUCCUGCUGAUGGAGCGCCGAGACGAGGCGAGAGCGGAGAAAGCAUUCCAGGCGUUCCUGGGCCGGUCAGACGUGGCUCGUGAGCUGGAGGAGGUUCACGCUGAGAAUCGCUCUCAGAACACUCAGCGGACGGCGUCGGUGCUGGAUCUCUUCCGGAAGCGCUCACUCCGCUGGCAGCUGAUCACGGUGAUCGUCGUCAUGAGCUGCUAUCAGCUCUGCGGACUCAACGCCAUCUGGUACUACACGAACGGGAUCCUCCAGGAGGCAGGUUUCCAGCAGACGCUGAUCCCGUACAUCACGCUCAGCACCGGCGGCAUCGAGACGCUGGCCGCCAUCGUAUCGGGUUUAGUGAUUGAGAAAGUCGGUCGGAGGCCGUUACUGAUCUUUGGCUUUUCAGCGAUGGCUGUUUUCUUCAGUCUCCUCACAGUCUUCCUGCAUUAUCAGGACAGGUUCUCCUGGAUGCCUUAUCUCAGCUUCACCUCCAUUCUACUUCUGAUCGCUUCCUUCUGCUCCGGUCCAGGCGGUGUGCCGUUCGUGUUGACGGGGGAGCUGUUUGAACAGUCGUAUCGUCCGGCCGCGUUCAUGAUCGCAGGAACCGUCAACUGGCUCUCAAACUUCGCUGUGGGACUCUUGUUCCCCUUCAUACAGGAGGCGCUGCAGACGUUUGCGUUUCUGCUGUUUGUGGUGGUUUGCGCCGCUGGAGCUGUUUAUCUGCUCGUGGUUCUGCCGGAGACCAAAAACAAGACGUUCGUGGAGAUCAGCCAGAGUUUCUCCAAGAUCAACGGCGUCCCGGAGCAGAGCGAGGAGCGAGAGAUGAAGGACUCACUGGACACUGCCGCCGCUAACGGACACAGAAGUGUUGAUGUGGAGAUGGAGAGCAGCUUCUGAACCACGCAGGAGUUUGUAUAAUAACGUAUGACUGACGUUUCCUUUCGGAAAUGAUGAUCAGCUCUUCACUGACUGAAGAACGCUUUGAGCCUCAGCGGUUCAGAAAUAAACCCACAGCUAAACAACACUGUUUUCCAGUGCAGAUAUCUAAACAUCCUUAAAUCAACACACAUUACUGGAGAAGCAAAAUUUGUUUUCUUAAAAAAAAAAAAAAAAAAAAAAAGUGAGAAACAAAAAAAAAUUUGUAUUAUAUAUACAUAUAAUUUUUAUAAUUUGUGACCCUGCAGCUCAAAAGCAGUCAUAAGCAGCACAGGUAUAUUUGUAGCAAUAGCCAACAAUACAUUGUAUGGGUCAAAAUUAUACAUUUCUCUUUUAUGCCAAAAAUCAUUAGGAUAUUAAGUAAAGAUCAUGUUCCAUGAGGAUAUUUUGUAAAUUUCCUACCGUAAAUAUAUCAAAACUUCAUUUUUGAUUGGUAAUAUGCAUUGCUAAGAACUUCAUUUGAACAACUUUAAAGGAGAUUUUCUCAAUAUUUAGAUUGUUUUGCUCCCUCAGAUUCCAGAUUUUCAAAUUUUAUUAUCUUAACAAACCAUACAUCAGAGGAAAGAUUAUUUAUUCAGCUUUGAUGUAUAAAUCAACAAAUUUCAACAAAUUGAUCUUUAUGAUGGGUUUUGUGGUCCGGGGUCACAUAUAUGAUUUUUUUCUUUUUUAUGUUUAUUUUUCUGCCCCUAUUGGCAGAUAUUUUUCUUGUUUUCAGUCAUAAACGUACUUGACGAAUUUUAUUGUUUUUAUCAUCUUUUUUCAUUUUUCAGUGAGUACAGUUCACUCCAGUAAAUGUGUCUUGAUUUAAUGAUGUUUUGAGUCGAUGACAAAAAGUCAUUUUUGCCGUUAAAGUCAGUUUAUUGAUGAUUCAGUGAAUCACUGGAAACCAAGACAGAAACUGUUCAGAAUCAGUUUUACAGCGUAGAGCAGCUGCCUCGAGAUCAGCCUCGAUUUUACCUCUGUAUUAAUAACAAUAGAUAUAUUUUCUAUAAUAUUGUCAGUGUGAAAAAAUGUAUGUAACAUCUAUUACAGUUUUUAAAUAAACUUUCUGAUGACUCGA